UGACGAUAACUUGUGGUGGUAGGACAAUAUGUUUUGUUUGAAGUCUAUUGAUUUUUCGACUACACUUGAUAACGACAAACUUUCAGUUUGAAUUUAGUAAUUAAGUAUUUACGAAAUAUUUAAUCUUACCAAAGAUAAUGCAAAAACAAUAAGAAAUAAACGUCACAAAAAUGAACCAACGCCACAGUUAACCUCAAUUAAUCAAGAAACUCACACAGUAUCAUCAGGAUUACCACCAAGGAAACAUUAACAAACAUACAUAAUUUAUAAACGGAGAGUUGCCUUAGGUAUUGAGCUUUAUAAGUAACGCCUGCGACAACGACAAAAUGCCGACAAAAUCGUCGACUGGGGCAGGAUCGAAGUCGAAGUCUCGCACGGGAACGGAGGAGAGCAUGUCACCCAGAAAAAUGGGUAUAAUUGCGAUUGUAACUGUGGUCGGAUGCAUCGCUAUAUUAUGGCCAAAGGUAUUUCAUCCCAUGAUGUUUGGCGGUACGCCACCCAAACCAAACUAUAAGGAUCCCCAACAGCGCGCAGGACCAGGCGGUUGUUGUGAUGUCGUACUUGACAGGGAGGAGUUCAUGAAUGCCACAAAACCGGCCCUUGAGCCUUUUGGUCCGCAUUUGUAUCGCAAACAAGUUAAUUUGUACACAGGCGAAAUAAGUUUACGGCAGGAGCGACCUGCUCAUCUGCAUCCGGAGUCCAUUUACCAGGCGAUGCGUGAGCGAGGACGUGCCAUACCUGCCACGCCUACUGUUCCGAUUGUAGAGCGCAAGACUUCGCCGAGCAAUCCACCGCCUCGUAUUGUUGACGGACGGCCUGGACCUAUACCUGGCAUGCGACCUCCAAUGGGAGCAGGCGCCUUGCAUCAACCUCAGCAACGUGGAGGCAGUAGCAUGGGAUUCCUGAUGCCCCUCUAUACCAUUGGCAUUGUGGUAUUUUUUGGAUAUACGAUUAUGAAGAUUGUUUUUAAGAAGCAAGUACCAAAUGCUCCCUAUGGACCCGCCCCAACAGAUCCAAGCUUUCGUCAAGAGGUGUUUGGACAGCAGAACCACAGUCAGGUCGAAGACUUGGGCGGUACGAAAUUGGGUUGGCGCGAGCAUCAGACAAGGAGCACGACGAGCACAUCGAAUGCCAGGCGCAACGAUAAGGAGCUCUACAAUGCGACCUUGUCGGCGGCAGAAUUGGCCACGAAUCUAUCCAGCACGCUGAAGGCUCACCAACAGCAGUGCCACGCCCAGCAGGCAACCACCCCCAAGACACUCGCCGAGGUGGAGAAGACGCUCUUCAAUAAGGAAACGGAGCAGUUAAUGGAAAUUGAAAAGUUACGCAAGAAACUCGAGGACACGGAGCGAGAGAUGGCAAAGUUAAUUGCCGAAAUGAACACCGAUCAGUAUGAGGCAAAGCAACACGACAACAACGAAAAUACGAAUUUGACCAAUGUAGAAAACCAAAACAUUUCCAAUGGGCAUACAAUCAUCGAUCAGGAUCAGGACAAGGCAAAAGCAGCUAAAGAGAAUAAACAACAACAACAGCAAAAGAAACGUCGUGACAUCAGCGCUGAGCGCGAAGUAACGGUUCUUGGCAUGGAGGUAACAGCAAGUUGCGAGGGCGGCCAACGGUGGACUGGACGCCCUCCAACGCCUGUUUAUCGCGCCCCAAGUGAACAUUCCAGAAAAUUGGAAGAUAAUCUACCCGAGCCGCAGUCCAUUUAUUUGGAAGGCGCCUUGGCACACGACUCACAGAUUUUGGUGACCGAUUCACAAACAAAACGUGAAGAGGUCUAUGACUCUGAGCUGAAUGGAUCAUCUGAAGAACCGGCUGUCAUACUCAGUAGCAAGAUGACGUUAUCAUUGAUUAAUUUGGAUACAAAUCAACAAAAUGGUAGCGAGAACAAACAGGAAAUCGAAAGUCCCUUGGCAGAUGAUAUUGAAAUAAUUGGACACGACGAACACUAAAAUGUCUCAUACUUAAACACAAUGCAAGCUUUAUUCAUAUGUAUGCGAUACUCGUAUGAAUGUUUGGAUAAUGGCAAUGCUGAAAUCGAACCCAUUCGCAUUGUUGUUUUGUCUAACUUGCUAUUUUGAAGUUCAUUUAAGGACAGACACCACACAAUUGAAAGAUAUGAGUGAAAUAUGACAAGUUCACCGCGAAUGUUAUGACUGAUAAAACAAACAAAGAACCUGUUAAUUAUUUGACAUUUGAUUUGUAUAUAUUUGUGUUUAUAUGUAUGUAUGUACUGUGUAUUGUGUUUUGAUAUUGAUUUUAUUUUUCGAAAUCAUAUGGUUUUUGCUUUGUAACUGCUCCUAUUCGGUCAACUUUACUCCUAUUUGUAUGCCAAAAAGCUCAUUAAAUGGAUAUUCAUAAUAUUUCUACUUAAAUCGCUAGAUUUUAUGUGUAUAUUUUUAGUCGAAAUGCGAACAAAAAACUAGUCUACCACCAUCGAUUUAAGAACUAAACGAAUUCAUAUUUGAAAUCCACUCGUCUAUAAUUAUAAUGGUACUUUUUCGAAAUAAUCUACAUCCUAACCACAUAACUUUUAUUAAAACGUUCGAUUGCACCUAUGAUUAAAGAACUAAUGUUAGUGCCACAAUGUUUGUGAAUUUAGUUUAAAAUGAAUACAUACGUAUAAAUUGAAAAUAAAUAUAAAACUUGAUUUGACAAA